UACCAAGUAUCGAUUACGAACUGUUUCUACCUGUUGCCGCGGCAAUGUUGCAAAUGACCAUAAUAAUACACAACAAUACAUGGGUAAAGACCACCUUGCGCAUUACGUGCCGUUCACUGUCUGCGCACGCGUUGACUGUUACUACUGUGUACGACAGCGCAGGGGUAGCUCAGUAAACUAGCUACCUUCGUCAGAAAAUCAUGGGGCACGACCCCAUGAAUAAUCCUGGCACCAUUGCAUCUACGUACUUGAUCGACAACGAGUAUAGUAUUCAGAUAAUACGUUGGAUUCUCAAAGCUAUUAAUCUAUGGCCACGAUCUACCAACAUUUCGAUCGUUGAAAAGGCCCGUUCCAAAUUUCUGAUAUUUAUAUGCUAUUUUCUGAUAAUUGCCAUCAUGAUACCGAGUGGUCUAAGUAUCUUUUUGGAGUCGCAGGAGACCUUCGAAGUCAAGUUGCGUAGCUUCGGGCCGCUCACCUUCUGGUUCAUGGCGAUGAUAAAUUAUUCCUGUCUCUUGAUGCAUGUCGAUGACAUACGCAGCUGCGUAAAGCACGUAGAGACGGACUGGCGGCUCAUUAAAAAAGUCGAAGAUCGGCAGAUAAUGCUGAGAAAUGCCAAAAUAGGUAGAUUCAUCGCCGGCUUCUGCACCGUGUUUAUGCAUAGUGGUGUUUUUUCGUACAAUGUUGCCCGAGUUUUUUCCAAAGACGUUUUAUACAUGGAUAACAGCAGUGUGAUGGUUCGCGCCUUACCUUAUCCCUUCUAUAGCAAGAUCCUGAACGCGCAUUUCAGUCCGGCAUACGAGUUCGUGUUUUUUCUACAAUGCUUCUCGACCUUUGUCGUCAAUUCCGUCACGGUUGCCGCGUGUGGCCUCGCGGCGGUUUUCGUGAUGCACGCGUGCGGCCAGCUCAAAAUUUUAAUGUCCUGGUUAGACAAUCUUCUGGACGGACAAAAUGAAGAGAAAAAUUCUAUAAAACAAAGGUUCGCCAUCAUUGUGGAGCAUCAUCUGAGAGUGUUGAGGUAAGCUAUUAUUCUUGACUUUUUGUUGUACACAUGA